AUGGCAUCAAGUAGCGCAACUUUGGGUGUAAUUUUACGUUGCACACACGGAUUUUGUUUGUCAUGCAUGAAAAACUACUUGAAUGUAAUACUCCAAGAAGAGUCAAUAUCUUUCCCAAUCAAGUGUCCUUUGAAAUGUGAAACGGCAGAAAUUUCGGAAAAUAUAGCAGAAAAUGUACUGACGAGCGAAGGAAUGGGGCAAUGGUAUUUAAAAAUGGCGAUGUCUACGAUCAAAAAUAAGAUUUACUGCCCAAACAAAAGGUGUAGUGCAAUUUUUGACUACGAUCCUGAGGGAUCUAGUCAAGGAAAUUCUGUGGAGUGUCCGAUUUGCCUUAAAGAUUUUUGCCCCCUUUGCUGCGUCAGUUGGCAUUUUGAUUUAACCUGUGAGCAAUAUCAAGCUCUUCCUCCUAACGAACGUGCCCCGGAAGAUCGUGCUGUACUUAAAUUGGCCCAAAAUGAAAAGUGGAAACGUUGUCCCAAGUGUCGUGUACUUGUUCAACUGGAUACUGGAUGCAAUCAUAUUACGUGCAGAUGCAAAACAGAAUUUUGUUACAAAUGUGGGGAUCUCUGGGAUAAAAAACAAGAACGUUGUGUCAAAAAAUGCGAAUUAUGGGACGAGCUAAUGUUAUUGGAGGAGCGUGCCCGACGACAACGGAUUCAGGAAUUACAACGAGAACGACAACUUCAAGCACGAGCCGUUGUAAUUCCUCAUGUCCAACAAGUUCGUGAGGUGAAUUAUGGAUGUUAUAUUCUUGAUUUGAUUUACAGGUGCAUAUUUCAAACAGCUGGCCGCGCAAAUGGGAAUCAAAAUGUUGAAGUACGCGUUCGAGCAAUUCGCGCAGUUCAGCAGAACCAGUUAAUUCGACGACCAGAAAUCGAUCUCAGUACUCUUCUUCAAAAACAUAGGGACAAGCAAAUUAAUGUUAAUCGCUGGCUCAAAGAGAUGUUAGAGAGUAACCAAUGCGGUUAUUGUGAUUCGAGAUUUGACUCUCUCUCAAAUCUAGAACACCACCUUCAACGCACGCCUGAACACGAUGCCUACUAUUGUUGUGGCAAGCUGUUUGAGCUCCAAGCGAAUCUCAGGCAACAUAGGAACGCAGUUCAUCCAG